CUGUCAGAGGUCAUGGGUCUUACAGCAAGUCAAUGAUCCAAAGCAGACUUCAAAAAGCACCAGAAAUGCCUUCAGAUAAUGUGCCUGACAGUUCUAAAGUGGCCGGCAAUGAGUCCAGAUCUAAAUCCCAUAAAGCACCUGUGAGACCUGGAGCAGUUUGCAAAAAAAGAGUGGUCCAGAAUUCCAGCAGAGAGGUGUAAGAAACUCACCAAUGGUUACAGGAAGAGACUGAUUUCACCUAUUUUAUCUAGAAGAUGUGCUACCAAAUAUAAAGCUGAAGGUGUCAAUAAAUCUGUCCAGCCCAUUUUUGGAGUUCUAUGUGGAAUGUAUCAGAUUUGGCUUUUUUGUGUUGUUCCAAUACAAACAUGAGCAAACAAUUUUGUGAUUGUAACAAUUUUCUGGGAGAAGUGGUGCAUUAUGACAAAAAUGCAGGAGUGCAGGUAUUUUGGCCAUGACUGUACAUCAGCAGAUGUGCAUGCAUCAACUGGUAUCUUUAGGAAAUCAGAAGUCUAAAGAACAUAGGAUGGGUUCCAAGAGAUUGAGUCAGAAGAAUGUGGUCUAGCUAUCUUCCUGAAUAAUCAGAGCAUGCUGAGAAGUUAAACUGUAAGGGUCAGACUGGUGUUAGUCCAGGAGAGGGGAGGAGAGGGGAAUAAGCAAAGAUGAGACUUGAGUUCAGAAGAGACUAUUUAAAUGGUGGAAACCUGCAAAGAAGCAUGUGUCAUCUCGGUCAUUCAGUGUUACAGGAACAUCGGCACAAGUCAUAAAACACAGGUAAGACUGUCACAUGAUAUUUUCUGUUAAAAAAAACAAUUUAAAAGUCAGUGAUCUUUGUUAUUUACAUAAAUAAUGUACUUCUCUUUUUCCAUUGUAGCAUGCGCAUCCUUCUGGUCCUUUUUUCUGUCUCUCUUGUCAUUUCUCCUGGGCACUCACAUCUUUCUGCAAAGGGAGACUCCAUUACAAAUGCCAUACACAACAUAAUAAACAUUGCUCGGAUAACCCUGGUCCACAUUCAGAAACUAUGGACAAAGAUGCCUGUGGCUCCACAGAUAUACAUCACUACUCCCUCCAUUGAGGGACUAACUAACAUCAGCCAUGACCUUGGACUUUUGGAUAAUGAAUUGCUGAGCCCUGUCACUGAGCUCCUCAGCCAGAUCCAGGCUGAUGUCUCCAGCUUGGAGGGAAGGGUACGCUCGCUUGCUCUGACAAUGGACUGUCCCAUUCAGCCCAGAUCCUCAAGAUCCUCAGCCAAGACCAGUGACGAUUUAUUCCCGGACAGUCACCUUUACCUGACUCUGACAAAGGUGCAGCACUAUUUGGAAACAUUAAUUCUCAACAAGGACAAACUCAGUGUUUGCUGAGAAAGGCACACAAAGCUGCUCAGUGUAGUCAACAAUGUAAUGUCUUUGCACAACCGCUUUUAAAAUACUCCCAGGCAAGUGAAUAACCUUUUCAAAUUAGUUCUCCAAACUAAAAGAAUAAUGUUUUUCCUCUGCUUGGAAAAAAGUCUGCCUACAAUAUAACACAUUUCUUUUGAGGUGAAAUUUUUAAUGCUCACAUCAAUUUUAUACAAAUUUAUUAUGACCUGAUUUUGAUUUGAUUUGAUUUGAUUUUGAUUUUAUUCUUUCUUUCAAGCAUGUAAAGACA